AUGGGAGUUCCGACCUUCUACAGAUGGCUGGUAACCAGGUAUCCAAAAGUAGCGAAAUCGAUUUAUGAAGUUAGAGACAGUGAUGUAUAUUCAAGAAGAACAAGGGUAGAAGAAAAUGGGGAAUUUUUUAAGGUCCACGAUUUGAGUGAUUAUGUAAAUAACACAGAUGACAUGCACAGUUCAGAUAAUAUCAAUGGAUAUUUUGACAAUUUAUAUUUAGAUAUGAAUGGUAUAAUUCACUUAUGUUCCCAUAGUGAUAAUUGUAAAAGAGCAAAAAGUAAUGAAGAAAUAUUUCUUAACAUAUUUCUUUAUAUAGAAAGAUUGUUUGAUAUUAUUGAACCAAAGAAACUUCUAUACAUGGCUAUUGAUGGAGUUGCCCCUAAAGCUAAAAUGAAUCAACAAAGAAGUAGAAGAUUUAAAUCCAUUUUAUGUUCGGAUAUAGAAAGAAGAGCAUAUAUGCAAUUAAGAGAAAAAUUUUUAGCAGAAAAUCGAGUAGUCCCUGAAGAAUCGAGCUACUGGGACAGUAAUAUAAUAACACCUGGUACUCAGUUUAUGCAUGAAUUAUCUGUUGCUUUAAAAUAUUUUAUUGAACAUAAAAUUACAAAUGAUGUAAAAUGGAAAAAAGUUGUUGUCAUAUUUUCAGAUGCUAAUGUAUGUGGAGAAGGAGAACAUAAAAUUUUUAAUUUUAUAAAAUCACAAAGAGCACAAAAAGGAUUUGAUCCUAAUACUAGACAUGUUAUUCAUGGAAUGGAUGCAGAUUUAAUUAUGCUUUCUUUAGCUAGUCAUGAACCUUACUUUUAUAUACUAAGAGAAGUAAUUGAAUUAGAUUCAAAAGGAGAAGAAAAGCCCCCAAAAAAAGACUAUGUAGGUAUGUUGAAAAGUAAAGAAGAUUUACAUUUCUGUAGUACUUAUGUUAAACCUAACGACACAAGAGUAGCACGGAAUAAAUAUAAUGAUCCUAAUUACGCAAAUGUUCAUAUGAGUAAGAAUUGUACACUUAAUUAUGAAAAUUGGAAUGAAUUACAAAUUUUAGACUUAACUAUUUUAAGAGAAUAUUUAGCAAAAGAUUUUUUUUUUGAUUCAAAUUAUAAUAUAGAAAGAUGUAUUGAUGAUUUUAUUUUUAUCUGUUUUUUAUGUGGAAAUGAUUUCCUUCCUCACUUACCAUCAAUAUCUAUAGCAGGUGGUAGUAUUGAUCAACUAAUUUUAUUAUACCAGAAGGUUUUGCCACAUUUAGGUAAUUACUUAAUUAAUGAAGGAGUUAUAAAUUUAAAAUCAUUUACUAAAUAUGUUUCAUUCAUUGCAGAAGUCGAAAGGGAAACAUUCAUUUCUCAGUACGAUUUUAAAAAAAAAAGAGAAAAAAGGGACCUACAAAAAGAUACCUUAAAAAGGGUAAAGUGCUCCGACCCGCAGAGCACCAAUUUACCCGAACUAGAUGACUUAGUCGCUUCAGAUGUUUUGCCAGAAACAAAUGGGAAUAUUUCAAACAGUAGAGAGAAAAAGCAGUUGGACAAGCCAGACAUUGCAAUGGGGGAUGCUUCAACGACAGGGGCAACAUCAACAACCAAUACUGUUUCGAAGAAAGUACUAUACGAGUCAAAAAUUCUGAGCAUGCAGCCGAUAAGAAAUUUCAAGUACAAAGAAAAAAAAGGCGAAAAGAGCAUCAACUUUCUUAUCCGUCCCAUCUCCAACUCGUCCGAGCAUCUUUAUGAUGAGCAUUAUAGCGAACACCACCUGAGCGAGCAGCAACUGAACGAACACCGUAGCUCCAUUCGAAGCAAUAACGACGAGGAAUCCAGAAGUAGUAGUAUAAUUAAAAAUAAGAAAUGCACGGAUAAUAGUCCGUAUAGUAGUAAUACUCCAAAUGAGGACAGAGUUGAAAAUAAUGCUAUUACAAAUGAAGGGAAAUUAGUACCAGCAGAGGAACAAGAUAAAACGAAAGAUAUGAGAGAUAUUAAUGAAUUUAAUCAAUUACUAAAAGAGGCUAUUAAAAAAGCAAAUGAGUGUGAGAAUCCUAAGGAAGAUGUUGAAUUAGGUAGUGAUGAAAACCCCGAAGUUAUAAGAAUAAAAUAUUAUAAAUCUAAAUUUCAUUUAGAUGAUACAGAUUAUAUAGAUGAAUUUGUUAAAGAAGUUGUUUAUAAAUAUAUUGAAGGUUUAGCAUGGGUCCUUGCUUAUUAUUUCCAAGCAUGUCCAAUGUGGAAUUGGUUUUAUCCUUACUAUUAUGCACCUUUAUCAUCGGAUUUAAUUAUUGACAAUAUAAAUAUACAUUUUGAAAAAGAUGAACCAUUAUUACCUUUGGAACAACUUCUAUGUGUGCUGCCAUCAAAUUCUAGUCACUGUUUACCUAAAAUGUACAGAGAUCUCAUGGUUCGACAUGAUUCUCCUAUCAUUGAUUUUUAUCCUAAAACUUUUAAAGAAGAAGAAAAUGGAAAAAAAUAUAAAUAUCAGUGGGUUAUUUUACUCCCAUUUGUUGAUAAGGAUAGAAUAAUUAAACAUGCUAGACCACUGCAUGACACAUUAACUGAUGAAGAAAAAAAAAGAAAUCGAAGGGGCUUAAACAAAAUUUACAUGAAUUCCACACAUGAACUUUCAAGACAAAUUACGAAAUCAAUAAAAAAGUACGUAAAAGAAUUUAAGGAAAAAGAAAAUGAACAACAGACGCAAGAUGAUACCGAAAAGGAGACAAUUAAUCAUCAGUCGGAUGAUAGUCUUAACAAACAAGAGGAGAAAAAUACAACCCAUGUAGAGCAAGAUAUUAAUGGAGAGAUUAAAACAAAAAAAAAUAAUAAUAGUACAUAUGAACAUUUUUUCAAAAAUAUGAACAUAACAAUUCCAAUAAAUAAUAGUAAUAAUAUGAAUCUAUUCGGGUACCUAAACUGUAAACAUGAAGAAAGUGAUGUACAUAUUCUUAAAAAAAUUUUCAAAUUCUCUUCCAAUUUUUCCACUUCUUGCAAUAGUGCUUUUUUCAUCCAACCAGAAUUUAAAAAACAUGUUUCUUCACUUUUGCCAAAUCAUAUUAAUCCAAAAAAGGUUCUGACCAUACUUGACAUAAACAAUGAAGAGAGGAAACUUAGGUUCAAUGCCCCUGCUGCGAAGCGAAUGAUUCUAAAUAGUUUAAGUAACAACCAUCCGCAAAUAUAUUCCUAUUCCAAAUUUAACCAUUUCAAGAACUUGGAUGUAAACCAUGUCCAUUAUAAUAAUGCUGCCAAUCACGCCAAUCACGCCAAUCACGCCAAUCGGUCGAAUUAUGCAAACGACCACAGGACAAAUGGAAGUCAGAAUUACAACAGGUAUAGUAAUAGUAACAAUAACGGCAAUUACAAUAGCAGCAAUUAUAAUAACAGUAGUUACAAUAAUGGUAGUAGUAAGGGCAACAUGAAUCACGACCCUUAUACGAAUUCACAGAAAAAUUACUGGCACCACCACAACCAAAAUUACCAAAAUGGUCAAAAUUACCUAAAUGAUAAAAAUUAUCAGAAUAGUCAAAAUUAUCAGAAUAGCCAAAAUUACCAAAAUUAUCAAAACUCGAAUUAUAGUAAUAAUUACCCUUCAUUACCUUAUAAAAAUUCUAGUAUGUACAAAAUGCCGAAUAAUAAUUCUGCUCCCCAUACCCGUGAUAAUAAGAGAGAUAAUAACUAUAGUACCUACAAUAACAGUAGUAAUUAUAACAACUACAAUAACCAUAAUAACAGUAGUAAUUAUAACAGUAGUACUUAUAAGGGUGGUAAUUAUAACAGUGGUAAUUAUAACAAUGGAAAUUAUAACAAUGGAAAUUAUAACAAUGGAAAUUAUAACAGUUAUACUAAUCAAAGAAAUUCAUACAGCAAAGACGGCGCAAAGUAUGAAUCACCCUACAAGGUUUCAUACAAUACGAAUUAUAAUAAUAAUCAUGGAAAGUAUAAAAAUGAUAGAUCCACGUCACAACAUGUUCAUAAUACUAGCGGUAAUUAUCUUAAUGACUAUAGAAGUUACAAUAAUAGUGGCAGCGGUAAUCAUAACAAUAAUAAUAAUAAUAAUAGCAAUAGUAAUAUGCACAGUAACAGUCACAAUAACAGUAAUAGAAAUUAUAACGAGGGAAACUAUUACGAAAGGAACUCUUUUAAAAAUAACGUGAACAGUACAUCGGGGGUCAAUAAAAAGACAAACCAUUAUAACAGAUCUAUGCCCUAUAAAGACAAAGAAUACUAA